UCUACAUCUCGUACUUUUUCUCAAGGCUAGUUUCAAUCUACUCGGACUGACAGAUAAGCAAAGCACGGAACUGUCACAUGACAAAGGCAUUGUUUUCAUAAAAGCCGAGGAAAAUGUCGAAUGAGUACCCUCCUUUUAGGCUUGGAAAACCAAGAUACGACCAAUCUACAUUUGAUGGAAGACUUCGCCACUUUUUUGAUGUCAUUGAUCCAAGGACCCUCUUUACUUCAGAGGAGAAGCUAAAGAGUUGUGUUAAACUGUUAGACGAUUUUUCCAAAGGCCACCUACCCCCAACUGUAACGAACAAGGAUCUAUGGGAAGCACAGAAAAUAAAACAGGCAAUCAUUCACCCAGACACAGGAGAAAAGAUUUUUAUGCCCUUUAGGAUGUCAGGAUUCGUGCCUUUUGGCUCUCCAAUUGUGGUAGGAUUGUUGCUGCCCAACCAGACCAUUGCCACCACCAUCUUCUGGCAGUGGAUCAACCAGAGUCACAACGCCUGUGUCAACUACGCCAACAGGAACGCGACCUCCCCUACUCCAAUGAGCCGAUUCCUACUGGGGUACACUGGAGCAGUGAGCACAGCGGUGUCCAUCGCUGUGGGAUUAAAUCUACUAAUCCAAAAGGCCAACAAAUUUAGUCCUGCUACCAAAGUCCUCAUACAGAAGUUUGUUCCAUUUCCCGCAGUGGCUUGUGCAAGUACUUGUAACUUACUGCUGAUGAGGAACUCAGAGCUAUCUACCGGUAUAGAAGUGGAGGAUCAUAAUGGAAACGUUAUAGGAAAGUCCAAAGUGGCCGCUAAAAAGGCAUUAAUGGAGACUGCAAUCACCAGAAUGUUCUUGCCCGCCCCAAUCCUUGUCAUUCCACCAAUCAUCAUGUCUCUUCUUGAAAAGACUGCAUUCUUCAAAAGAUAUCCACGUGUCCAUUUACCUGUCCACGCUUCUGUAGUCACCAUUUGUUUUGGAUUAGCUCUUCCUGUUGCCAUAGCAAUAUUUCCACAAUAUUCAAAGGUUGAUACGGCCAGUCUGGAGCCCGAAAUUCAGAAGCUGACAAAAGACACCACAUUAAUUUAUAACAAAGGACUUUAAACGAAACAAGAUUUUGUUAUCCUAUAUUUUUAUAAAUGUAUAUAUAUAU